AUGGCGCCUGCUGCCGCAUCAUCUACUAAGAAGACACCGUCACUGAAGGUGUUGACAACACGCUUGAAGGGCAUUCAAACAUCCUUUGGUGAUAUUGUGGAAUUUGUAGACCAUUUCCCAGAGCGAAGUACAACGUCGGAAGUUGAAAUACGUCUACAAAAACUCGACGAACUGUGGGAAAGGUUCGGAGAAACCCUCGUCGACGUCAAGGCACACGAUGAUUUACCAGCCGAUAGCGAGGCUGCCUAUGAUAAGGAGAGACGAGAGUUUAGUAAUUCCUACUAUCGUGCCAAGGCGUUUCUUCUGGAAUGGGUAAAGCAACAACAGCCCUCUCCGACGUUGGAACAAUCCAUCCGCGGUGGUGAUAUUUCGAUGCAAGGUUCGCUCGAUCAUGUUCGCCUUCCGCAAAUAAAGCUGCAAUCGUUUGACGGGAACAUCGAUGAGUGGCUAAGUUUUCGUGAUCUUUUCACAUCUCUCAUCCAUUUCAAGGCAGAACUCCCGGAUGUUGAAAAGUUUCACUACCUCAAGGGCUGCCUUCAGGGUGAGCCAAAAAGUUUAAUCGACCCGCUGCAAAUAACGCGAGCAAACUACACAAUCGCAUGGAAUACGUUGCUCAAAAGGUAUAACAACAGCAAGCAAUUGAAAAAGCGACAGGUGCAGUCGUUGUUCCAGUUGCCAACCGUUUUAAAGGAAUCCGCCAAUGAACUUCAUUCUCUACUGGAGAGCUUCGAGAGAGUCGUGCAGACUCUGGAUCAAAUAGUGCAGCCGGGUGAUUAUAAGGAUCUUCUUCUUACGAAUUUCCUCACAAUGCGAUUGGAUCCGUCAACUUGCAGAAGUUGGGAAGAGUUUUCGUCUACACAGGAAACUGAUACGGUUAAGGAGUUAUUGGAAUUUCUCCAUCGGCGGAUUCAAGUUCUGGAAUGCUUACCAUCAAGGGCGAUGGAAGCAAGGGUGCAAUACCAACCACUACCGCAAAAGCAGAGGGUUUCGGCGGUAAAAACUAGCUAUAACACGGUGCAAUCGUCUGGGGGACGCUGCAUGGCGUGUUCGGCAAAUCAUUUUCUAUUUCAAUGCGGAAAAUUCCAACGGAUGUCCUUAACGGAGCGUGAUGCUUUCGUUCGUACUCACACGCUCUGUCGUAAUUGCUUUAGACUGGGUCACCAGGCAAAAGAUUGCCAGGCUAAAUAUUCUUGUCGCAUAUGCAAGGCACGUCACCACACGAUGGUAUGCUUUAAGCAGGAAAGGGAUAGUAGACCUAGGCCACCACCUGCUAGCAGUGAAAACUCAGGUGCGACCACAACUCAUCAUUUACCAACGUCAUCAAAUUCAUCACAGGUUGACAACCUGGCGGCUACCAACAUAUCGGUCUCGAAUUCCGCUAUGCAGCUCACAUCGCAAGUGUUAUUAGCCACUGCUGUGAUUCUCGUCGAGGAUGAUGAGGGAAAUCAAAUACCAGUACGCGCGCUUCUCGACUCGGGCUCUGAAAGCAAUUUCAUUUCGGAGCAUUUGAGCCAACGAUUAAAGGUGGAUCGGCAAAAGACCAUUCCAAACGACAUCCAGUUGGCUGACCCUUCAUUCUCGGUGUCUAUGGGAGUAGACAUAGUACUUGGUAUCGAAGCAUUUUUUGAUUUCUUCGUGUCUGGUCGGAAGCUCACUUUGGGAGAGCAGAUGCCAUCGCUUAACGAGUCGGUAUUCGGAUGGGUGGUCUGCGGCAGAUUAUCAUUUCAUAAGCAAUCACCUCAUAUCAGCUGUCAUAUGACCGAGGACAGGUUGGAUGAAUUGGUUGCUAGAUUUUGGGCAUGCGAAGAGGUCGAUAUCAAAAAAUCUUAUUCACCGGAGGAACAGCGGUGUGAGAACCUGUUUACACAAACCGUACAACGGGGACCUGAUGGACGAUACACUGUUGCAUUACCUAUGGCCGAGGGGGCCAUAUCGCGGUUGGGCGAGUCGAAAAACAUUGCACUACGUCUCCACGCAACGGAAAGAAGGUUGAAAAGGAACUCAGGCUUGCUUGACCAGUAUAAGGCGUUCAUGAGCGAAUAUCUAGAUUUGGGGCAUAUGCGCUUGGUUGAGGAAGACCAACGAGCAGUAGUAGGCCGAUGCUACUUACCGCAUCAUCCGGUUGUUAAGGAGGCCAGUACGACCACAAAGGUGCGCGUUGUCUUCGACGCGUCUUGUAAGACAUCAACGGGAAUUUCGCUGAACGACGUGUUGUUGACGGGACCGGUGAUCCAGGAGGAGUUACGGUCAAUUAUAUUACGCUGUAGGACCAAGCAAAUUAUGAUGGUAGCCGACGUUGAAAAAAUGUUUCGGCAGAUUGUGAUCGACCCAAACGAUAGGCCGCUGCAGUGUAUUCUUUGGCGCUCGUCACCUACUGAGGAGGUGGCGACCUAUGAACUAAAUACAGUGACGUACGGUACUAAACCCGCUCCGUUUCUUGCGACACGCGUCUUACAACAGCUGGCAUUAGAUGAAGGAGAACACUUUCCUUUGGCAGCAAGGGCCAUCACCGAAGACACAUAUAUGGAUGAUGUCAUCACAGGAUCCAACGACAGUACAGAAGCUCUUCAACUGAGAUUGCAACUGGAUAAAAUGAUGAAUAGUGGGGGAUUUCGAUUGCGCAAGUGGGCAUCGAACUGCGCAGAGGUGUUACGAGGUAUUCCGAGCGAGAAUCUGGCGAUUGAUGUCGGUGGAAUUAAUUUAGAUCCAGAUCCAGCCAUAAAAACGCUGGGAUUAACCUGGAUGCCAAACACAGACGUUUUUAAGUUUCAGUUCAAUAUUCCACCAUUGGAAACGUACGAAACGCUUAGUAAACGUCGCAUACUUUCUAUCAUAGCUACGCUCUUUGAUCCAUUGGGGCUCAUCGGAGCUGUUAUUACGACGGCUAAAAUUUUUAUGCAACUACUGUGGACACUGCAAUCCGAGGAUGGAAGCAGAUUAGACUGGGACAAACCAUUACCUCAAACGGUGGGUGAGAAUUGGCGGAAUUUUUACUCUCAAUUACCUUUGCUAAAUGAGAUUCGCAUCAAACGUUGCAUUAUUCUUCCGGAAGCUGUGACGGUGGAAAUUCACUGCUUCUGCGAUGCCUCGGAGAAGGCAUAUGGUGGCCUUGUAUAUAUUCGGAGUCUGGACUUUAAUGGCAACGUGUCUGUUCAAUUAUUAACAUCAAGAUCUAAGGUUGCACCGUUAAAAUGUCAAACAAUACCGAGGUUAGAGCUCUAUGGGGCAGAGCUGGUCGCUGAGCUGUACACUAAGGUUAAGCAGUCAGUGAAAAUGGAGGUACCGACAUUCUUUUGGACCGAUUCUACAUGUGUGCUGCGCUGGAUCCAAGCAACUCCCUCAACAUGGACACAUGGAGGCACGUUCCCGGGUCUCAAAAUCCAGCAGAUGUGA